GGGCCGUUAGCGGCCGCGGCGGGGCGGGGAGCGGCGGCCGCCGCCGCCAUGAGCAAAAAGAAUCAGGUCUCCUAUGUGCGGCCGGCCGAGCCCGCCUUUCUCAGCCGCUUCAAGCGGCAGGUCGGGUAUCGGGAGGGGCCCACGGUGGAAACCAAGAGAGAACAGCUUCCACUUGCAGAUGAUGAGAAUGACAGUGACAAAGAGGAUGAGCAGCCUCAAGUGGUGACACUGAAAAAGGGGGACUUGACUGCAGAAGAAGCAAUGAAAAUUAAAGAGCAAAUCAAAGAUGCCUUAAAAUCAAGUGAAUCAGAUGGUGAACCAGAACCUGCUGAUGGAAAAAUUAUGUUCAGGAAGCCCACCAAACGUUCAUCAGAGAAGUUUUCAGGCCUCAAUGUAAGUUCAAGUAAGAAGAUGAAGGAAUCAAAGAAAGCUAAAAGAGAAGCAUCUACACCUCAGAGUGCAGCUAAGCAAAUAAAAAAUAGCAGUCUUCUUUCAUUUGAUGAUGAAGAAAAUGAUGAUUAGGAGUUGUAUAUAUUUAUAAUUUACUUACUGUUUCGGGGAUCAGAGUAAGAUUGAGAGUUUUCUUAGAAAUUGAGGGUUAUCGUCUGAGGCUUUGUUAUACUCCAACUAGAGAAACUUAGUAUAAAGCUAGUGAGAACAAAACUAUAUAAGCAGUAUCUCACGUCUCUCUUUUUUAAAAGAGACUUUAAAUGUGUGUGUCAAAGUUAUUUGAGAUCACAAAUGAUCAGAGCAGCAGAAUUCACCUGUACAUAACCAGCUUAAAUACAUUUUCAAUCAGUGCAUUUUGAAAUGUCCUCUUUUACUAAAAUAGUAUUUCUUCUCCAUUUAGUGGCCCUAUUCCAUAGUUGUCUGUUUUUCCCUUGUUAAUAUUGACUUAGCAUUCAAAAGAAAAGGACUGCAUUGCUGUGGCACACAGACUAAAGUCUUUUGUCUCAUAUUUUAAAACUUUGCACUGAAUUUUGCACAUAUGAUUUGGCAGAUUAGCUUUUUUUUUAAGACCCCUCAGACUAAGUGAGACUUCAGUUGCUAAAAUCGUGUACUGUUAAUGCUGUCUUCAGUGAAGUCCAAGAAGCAUUGAGUUUGUUUGAAUUGAUUGUGCCAGUAAGAGGUAAGGAAUUUGAUUCUAGUUGAUUGUAUCAGCUUCUGCAAAAGAAAGAUGUCUAAACUUACGGUGAUUGUACAGUUUGGUUAUCACACUGAUGGGCUCAGUGCUUUUUUUUUUUUUUUUUAAAAAAAAGUCUGUCUUCAAGUCAGAAGUGUAUAUAUGCAUGCAUAAUUAUAUGGGAUCUCUAACAGUUUAUUUUAAAACCUGUAUUUUACCGUUAAGCUGUGGAAAACCUUUUUGUUUUUUGUUACAGUAGGAAAUUCUAAGCAGGAAAUCUUAGUCAAGAAAUGUUAUAGCUGUGAUAUGAAGCUUUAAAAUUCUUCAUUUGACCACGUACAGUACAUUGAAAUAGACCAUUUCUAUGUGAUUUGUGUAACAGCACGUAUGAAGCUCAAAAUAACAUUGAGAACUGAUGGGAUUGGGGAGAACAAGGUGAUGGAAAUAGGACUAGUGACUUUUAAGUGAUUUGAAAGUAUUAUGUUAUCUGCAAUCAUAUGUAAGCUAGACCUGAGACUGCUGCAGAAUUAUAGGAUAUGAGACUAUGAAAUCAGUUCUUCUGCUGUGUGACAGGAUGUUCAAAAUUAUUCAGGUCGUAAAGCUUCAUUGAGGAGCAAAUCUGAAGUUGCUGUAUGAAACAGCUGUUUUUAAUUUGUUAACCUGGUAUUAAUAAAUUAUGUUUUCUA